UCAGAAGUCAGCUCAGAUCAUGAAUCCUCUUAAUUCUCAGUUCAGAUGUCUUUACAAGAAUGGUAUGCUUCCACUGGUGUUGGAUUAUAGAAAGAAGGCUCAACCUCAUGAUAUCUGCUGGAUGGUGGAUCGACAACAAUUGGAUGCAGAGCACUACCUCCCCAUCUUCUGCGAUGCUCUGAACGAUCCCCACUAUCCCUUCGACAUCCUCGCCCGAGAUGGAACGAUUGAACUCCUCGAAGUGGCCGGAGAGAGGGUCUUGACCGUCUUGCCGGACAUCGUUCUCGCCAUUAAGAAAGCUCUCAACACAGAACAUCCUCAAAUCAUGAUGAACGCAUGCGCGGUCAUUCAGAGGCUGACCACCCUAUCACCUCUAGUGAGCCUCGCCCUCAUCAGACCGAUGAACUUCGCUGUUGUCAUUUUGAAAAACGUUGGUAUCUGCAACAUGACGAGGUUGACUGAAAGGCAACACCUGAUGAUCAAGAAUGUUCAAAUGAACAUGCUGGUUCAUAUCUUAUUAGUAUUUCCAAGGGAAAUAUUUGAUAGUGGGAAAUGCAAGCACAAGCAUUACAGAGUGUUACUCGUGCCGUUCUUCUGUAAAUACAAGACUAAAGAGAUACCCUACAGGAGAGGGGAGAUACACUAUGGUCAGAGAAGGCGCCACCUGGCGGAUGUCAUCAACCAGACGCUGGAUCUAUUGGACAGGACGGGAGGACCGGACGCUUACGCAGAAAUAAAGUAUGCUGUACCGACGUAUCAAUCUGCCUACCAUAAUUCUUGAAAAUAAAUAAUUCUUGUUC